GAGGCUGCGGGAGCGUCGGGACUAGUCCGUGGUCUCUGACAGCGGGAGUUGCGCUGUCAUCAGUGCAUUCCCCGCCCACUCUGCAGUGUCGGUGGGAGUGGAGUGAGAGUGGGGGUGGUGUAGUGGGUAACGCACAUCUCCACACACCGGAUCCACCGGAUCCACCUGUCACCGUGUUGUUUUCCCUGCGCGUGCACGAGCCUGGCUGUGCAGGGAAGGGAAUAAUAGGAGUGCGCGCACACGCGAGUCGCAAGCAGCUGAUCCAGCUGGUUUUCAGCACCAGCGGGGGGGAGACACGGGCUGUCACGGCUGGAUCUGGCUCUGCUGCUCGGUCACACUUGUUUUGGUGCUCCAGCAGGGGUGGAUGGUGUAGGCUGCACCCUCGGUGGAUGGUGUAGCCGUUGAUCGCACGGGUUUGUCCGCGGGUGGAGGGUUUUAUUAUCCGCAGUGGAGCAGCGGGGAGCAGCGGGGAGCAGCAGGAUGUCCAGGCAGCCGCAGAGGACCCCCGUCAGGACCGGGGAGACCGUGGUGGAGGUCAAAAGCAAAUUUGAAGCAGAAUACCGCCGCAUUGCCUUGAAGAGGAAUGGCCCUGGUGGCUUCCAAGAGUUCUACCGACUCCUCCAAACCAUCCACCACAUCCACGGUCUCGAUGUGCUGCUAGGGUACGCCGACAUCCACGGAGACCUCCUACCAAUCAACAACGACGACAACUUUCACAAAGCCAUCUCGUCAGCCAAUCCUCUGCUCCGCAUCAUCAUAACCAAGAAAGAUGGACCUGGAGACGUCAUGAAGUGGCCCGUGAGAUGGCGCCGUCCAGUCCUUCCCUUGAUCCCUACUGGGGACGAGCCCGAGGUUUUCCACACCAACUCGCUGCAGAGGCGGAAGAAGGGACUGGGCCUCACCGGGCUGCGUUCUACCGGCUCAGCGCUCGCCCACUCCAAGCACCAAUCGGGCCUCCUGAUUGGCCCACCGCGGGAUUUCCGACAGAUCUCGUCCAUCAUCGACGUGGACAUCUUACCUGAGACGCACAGGAGGGUUCGACUGCACAAGCACGGUACCCACAAACCCCUGGGCUUCUACAUCCGAGACGGGGUGAGCGUGCGGGUGACGCCUCAGGGUGUGGAGAAGGUUCCCGGGGUGUUUAUAUCUCGUCUGGUGAGAGGUGGGCUCGCAGAGAGCACGGGACUGCUGGCUCUCAACGACGAAAUCCUCGAGGUCAACGGCAUCGAUGUCGCAGGAAAGUCUUUGGAUCAGGUCACAGACAUGAUGGUGGCCAACAGUCACAACCUCAUCGUGACCGUGAAACCGGCCAAUCAAAGGAACAAUGUGGUGCUUCGUGGGAGUAAAACCUCAGUGGGCAACUCGGGUUCCGUGGGCUCGGUGGGAUCCACGGGCUCUGCUCUGUCACAUGACUCUCCCAGCCCCGCCUCUCAGAGCAACCCCAUCACUGCAAGCAGCAUCGCAGAGGGCGACAGUGAUGAUGAAGACGACGAUGGCGACCUGAUUCUGGAGAACGACUGUCUUGUGCCGUACAACCCACACCCGGGUCCCCACAGGACCCAGGGCAGCGGGGAGUCCCCCUGCAGCGACCCACACACCUCCGCGGGGGCCAGGCCGCUCCCCCAGAGCAUCUCGUUACCCAGCAGCAUCUCUGCAACCCUCAAUCACCUGGGAACCCCCAGCCACGCCUCCCGGGGCAGCCAGGAGAACAUGAAAGAGGACGGGAACAUCAUAACCCUCUGACACAGAUGGUUCUGAGCCCCGGUCUGCCUCGGUGGACGUCUCACAGCCACGUUUUCUAACAUCAGCAACAUGUGACUGUUCUUGUGUCAUUUUAUCCUGCUGCAGUUGAUCUGGAAGUGAUUUUAAAUUCCUCCGAUGUUAUAAAUGCUUAGAAAGCUUUGAAGUCAAGAACCGGGAGAACCCCGGGUCCACCAGAGAGACCCCAUGAAGGAGAGGAGACAUCAGUGGUUUGGACAUGUGAAGCUUGGUUAUUGUUGGACAGGUUUGGUGUUGGUUCCCCUGCUCUGGGAAUGGUUCCUACACUGGUCCUAGGGCUGGUGCUUGGACUGGUUCUGGGACCGGGUCUUGGACUGGAUUAGGACCGGUGUUCUGCCAAUCCUUGCUCCCUGCCGAGAAAUGCUACUUUGUGGUUCUUGCGCAUGCGCACAGUCGAUUUUCAAAGUUUGAUUGCCCAUCGUUUGGGCAAUGUAAAAUUGAUAAUAUGGGAUGUUGAGUAUUUGAUCUUCAAAAUACACGACCCAUGACAUGAAUUGCAUUAAACUUUGUGAACAUUAUACGAUAAAGAGAAAAAAAAAACAAUUAUAUCACUUUAUUUGAUAUUCAUUCAGUCAUUGGCCUUUAUUUAACCAGGCAGGUCAUUAAGAACAUUCUUAUUUACAAUGACGGCCUGGCAAGAGACAAGGACCACUUGUGGGGGAAAGGAAGUGGUUUAGGGAGUAAAACAGUAAAAUUGUAGCUCUGCAAAGGUAGAAAACGGUAGGUAGCAUCUUUUGGCAAAGCAGCAGAAAUUGUCAGAACACCGGGUCUUUGACUGGUCUGGGACCGGUCUGGGAACGGUUUUGACUGGCUCUAGGACUGUUUUUUUCCUAGUUUUGGACGGGAUCUAGGACUGGUCUGGGACUAGUUCUAUGACCGGUCGGGGACCUGGGUCUGUGACCAGGGUCUGUGACCAGGUCGGGGACCGGUUCUAGGACCAGCCGAGGACCCGCCUCGGACCGGUCGGUUUUGUACCGGGUCUAGAACUGGCCUGGGACCAGUUUCGGGACCAAUCAAAUACCAGUCUGGGACCGGAUGUAGGAGCGGUUGAGGGCCGGUUCUGUGACUGGUCAGGGAACGGUUCUAGGACCGGUCCAGGACCAGCCAGGGACCAGGUUCUGGGACCGGUCUGGGACUGGUUUUGGGCCAGCGGUGCGUCCGAAAUUCCAUACUAAACAGUAUAUAUUCAAAAAGUAUACUUAAGUUCUGCACACUUUUGAGUAAAUAUCAGUAGUAUGCAUUAAUUGGGACGUUCUACUCAGAGCCACACGGCACUUCCUGCCGUUGGGAGGGGGAGUUGUUACCAUGGUAACAACUCCUGUCACAGCAGCAGUAGCAGCACCGCUCUUUCCCGUUUAUUCUGGCCAAAACAAGAUAACACUAUAUAAUAUUAUUAUAUACAAAUAUUAUAAUAUUAAUAUUAUAUAAUAAUAUUAUUAUACUUAAUAUUAUGACAUAUACGUAUCUGCGCAGCACUUAGCAACCAAACACUGCACUGCAAAAACUCAAAAUCUUAACAAGAAUAUUUGUCCUAUUUCUAGUUAAAAUGUCUAAUUUUUAGUCAAAAAAUCUCAUUACACUUAAAACAAGACUCAUC